CAUCUCUCUCUCUCUCUCUCUCUCUCUCUCUCUCUACAGUGUGUUAUUAUCAUCCGAAUCCAUCAACCUCACUACCUUCAUCUCGCAUAUCCAAUAAUGGAGGAUCUUCCCCAAGGUUAUCGUCCCAACGUUGGAGUCUGUCUCAUCAACUCCCAUAAUCAGAUAUUCGUAGCUUCAAGAUUGAAUGUUCCAGGAGCAUGGCAAAUGCCUCAGGGGGGAAUUGAAGACGGUGAAGAGCCCAAAUUGGCUGCCAUUAGGGAGCUUCGAGAAGAAACUGGAAUAGCUUCUGCUGAGAUAAUUGCUGAGGUUCCGAAAUGGUUGACUUAUGAUUUCCCUCCUCCUGUGAAGACUAAAGUCAACCGUCUCUGGGGUGGUGAAUGGCAUGGACAGGCACAAAAAUGGUGCGUACUUGUGUGUUGGUUUCUCAUGCAACUAAGAGAUGAUGAAAUUGAAGUCAACUUAGCUACCGGGGAAGCAGACCCGGAAUUUGCAGAGUGGAAAUGGGCAAGCCCUGAAGAAGUGGUCGAGGAGGCUAUAGACUACAAGAGACCAACCUAUGAAGAAGUUAUGAGAACCUUCAAGCCUUACUUCCAAGGGAGUGCAAUAUCUGCCAAGUGCAAAUCGGCAAAAUGGUGAACGUUAUGGAUUCAAAAUGUAGUUCAAUCCAUUUUCUUCACUAAUUUUUACUUACUACUGAGUUUGGAAUACCACUGCCAUUAUUUGUAAAUGAGGUAGAAACUGCUCAUUAGGUGCUAUCACUACUUGUAAUAAUAAAGAUAAAUAGAUGUAUAAGGUGUAUGUGGCUAUGUGCAAAAAGUUUACCUAGUUUUCUUUACUGAGAAGUUGAUUGUGGUUUGUGGAUGUGGUGUAUAUAAAUGUCAACCAAGUGGGAGGGGAAGCAUAUACGGUGCUGCAGAAUAGAUGAACAUGAAUGUUAGAGCGUUUUUUGGGAGCCGUUAUUUUGUAAGACUGAUUGCAGCUAUUUGCUACUGAAAGAGAGAUCAUAGUCCUGCUAGAUAAGGCCAAAAUUGGGAGCCAGAUGAAAUUAAAGAAACUAGGAAAUUCUGUUGUGCCAUGAAAGGCUCUCGGUUCUUGAGAUUUGGUUUGGAAUUUAUAAAAUGGUAUUUUCAAAGUUUGUUA